UAUGAAUUCAUUAUUUACCAUAGAGAAAGUAAAUCUAUCCAUGGCCGAUCUCAUCGCUGUCAAGUCUCUAUUUCUAUCCCAAUUAUGAAGCAUCUUCAAUGAUUUUUAGUGGUUUUAAAAAGUGGAAGUGAUAGUGUGGCGGUGCGGUCUCGGAGAUAGUGCUCGUUGGUCGGCAGCACCAUGUUCAGCGGGACGGUGCGUGUGAAGGUGUGUGAGGCGACGGGCCUCAGGCCGACCGACUUUCAGAAACGGCACAACAUGACCUUCGGAAAGCCAGACGACCAGCCAAUAGAUCCGUAUGUGUCGAUCGAUGCCGACGAGCACCAUCUAGACCGGUCGAGCACCAAACCGAAAACGUUCGACCCUGUGUGGAAUGAGACAUUCAUACACGAGGUUCAGAACGUCACAAGCUUGGGCAUCACAGUAUUUCAUGAUGCAGCAAUUCCCCCUGAUGAUUUUGUUGCAAACUGCACUAUUCCCUUUGAAGAUUUGAUGCACCGUGAGAAAGAUGCUACUGAUUUCUGGGUGGACUUAGAACCUCAGGGCAAAUUACACCUGAAAAUUGAUCUGAAAUGGAAUUCUCAAGUGGCGGCGGCGGCGGGCGCGCGCGCGGCGCGGGGGCGCGAGUUCAAGGAGGGCGCGGGGUUCGCGCGGCGGCGCGGGGCCAUGCGGCGCCGCGUGCACCAGGUCAACGGCCACAAGUUCAUGGCCACCUUCCUGCGCCAGCCCACCUUCUGCAGCCACUGCCGCGAGUUCAUCUGGGGUAUCGGGAAACAAGGAUACCAGUGUCAAGUUUGUACUUGCGUCGUACACAAGCGGUGCCAUUCGUCCGUCGUCACCAAAUGUCCCGGGAUGAAGGAGGAGCAGCUGGGCGACGUGGACGUGUCGGGCGGGCAGCGCUUCAACGUGAACGUGCCGCACCGGUUCGUGGUGCACUCCUACAAGCGCUUCACGUUCUGCGACCACUGCGGCUCGCUGCUCUACGGGCUCAUCAAGCAGGGCCUGCAGUGCGAAGUGUGUUCCAUGAACGUGCACAAGCGCUGUCAGAAGAACGUGGCCAACAACUGCGGCAUCAACACCAAGCGCAUGGCCGUCAUCCUGCACGAGAUCGGCGUGUCGCCCGACAAGCACCCGCGGCCCAAGGCCUCCAAGUAUUUGAACACGUCGCUGAUGGAGGGACCCCCGGAGCUGUCGUCCGACGAGGGGAAGGAUUCUGACAAACACGACGACAAAAGUGUGCCGGCCGCGCUGUGGGACUCGCACUGGGCCGAGCUCCAGGAAAUAUUCACGUGCUACGAAGGUGCGAAGCGGGAGCCGCCGUGGCGUUCUCACUGGGACGAUCUGCAGGACAUAUUUAGUGGCCAAGGCGGCGACGGCGACGGCGACGGCGACGGCGACGGCGACGGCGGCCACAAGGUGUCGCUGGCCGACUUCCACUUCAUCAAGGUGCUCGGCAAGGGCUCGUUCGGCAAGGUGAUGCUGGCCGAGAAGAAGGGCACGGACGAGGUGUACGCGGUGAAGGUGCUGAAGAAGGACGCCAUCAUCCAGGACGACGACGUGGAGUGCACGCUGACGGAGCGGCGCGUGCUGGCGCUGGCGGCGCGCCACCCGUUCCUCACGGCGCUGCACUGCGCCUUCCAGACGCCCGAGCGGCUGUUCUUCGUGAUGGAGUACGUGGACGGCGGCGACCUGAUGUUCCAGAUCCAGCGCGCGCGCAAGUUCGACGAGCCGCGCGCGCGCUUCUACGCCGCCGAGGUCACGCUGGCGCUCACCUUCCUGCACUCGCACGGCGUCAUCUACCGCGACCUCAAGCUGGACAACAUCCUGCUGGACAGCGAGGGCCACUGCAAGCUGGCCGACUUCGGCAUGUGCAAGGAGGGCAUCCUGGACGGUGCGACCACCACGACUUUCUGCGGGACUCCGGAUUAUAUUGCGCCGGAGAUCCUGCAGGAGCUCGAGUACGGCCCGUCGGUGGACUGGUGGGCGCUGGGCGUGCUGCUGUACGAGAUGCUGGCGGGGCAGCCGCCCUUCGAGGCCGACAACGAGGACGACCUGUUCGAGUCCAUCCUGCACGACGACGUGUUGUACCCCGUGUGGCUCUCCAAGGACGCCGUCUCCAUACUGAAGGGCUUCAUGACGAAGAACCCGUCGCGGCGGCUCGGCGUGCUGGGCGGCGCGGGCGGCAUCCGCCAGCACGGCUUCUUCCGCGACGUGGACUGGGACGCGCUGGCGCAGCGCCGCCUGCGCCCGCCCUUCCGGCCCAAGAAGAGCAAGCGCGAGGCGGCCAACUUCGACGCGGAGUUCACGAAGGAGGAGCCCGGCCUGACGCCCGUGCCGCCCAACGUGCUGCGCGCCAUCAACCAGGAGGAGUUCAAGGGCUUCUCGUUCGUCAACAAGGACUUCAACCCCGCGCCGCCGCAGCCCUGAGCCCCCCCGCCGCCCGCCCCGCCCCGCCCGCGCCCCCCCAUGUGACAGUUCUAUUUAACGUUUCGGUGACGACUCUAGUCACGGCAGUAUCGGCCGACCUCGUACGCGAUA